GCUCUCUGAGUGGGGCUCUGAUUUCAGCCUGAGUUGUCGUCGAAAAGCAUAGUUUUAGGAGUAAUAAUAUAAAAACAGUUUCGAUAAAGCGAAAGUGUCAGUCAGUAGGAAAGUACACAGACCCAAAAACGAUACACAUUUAUGUAUCGCCAGAAGGCGAGCGAAAGAAAGGAAAAGACUUUGGAAUAAAAUCAGCGGCAAUAAUUUAUUAGGUGGAAAAUUAGCCAUCGCAUAAAAAUAGAAAAAUUUUCAAUUUUAAUUUUUGUCUUGAUUUAGCGGAGUUUUUCGUUUGACACAAAUAAAGUGGCAUGAAUCGAUGAAUUUUCGUGAAUUUCAUUUCGUGUCAUCAAUUAUUUAGUUUUGAAAUUUCAUUUCGGUGUUUCACUCACACAAAAAAAAAGUUUCUCGGUGCACACAGUUUCCUAGUGGUGAUGAAGUGACGGAAUAAUUUGCGAGGAAAUUUCGAGAAACCAAAAGAGCAAACGAAAAGUUGAAAGGUUCCAUUUAAGUUGAAAGGAUGAAAGCAAAAAUGUCGAAAGUGUUGAGGUUUCGAAAAAAUUGACGACGAAACAGAAAAUGUGUUAUUCGAUUUCUGCGGAUAGUGAAGGUAAAUGAAAUUGUGUCGGUUGGUUUUUGAGCAAAAUACUGUUGGAUUGCCGUGAUGUUCAAAAGUCGAACGGAAGGAAGUGUCGUUUUCAAGUGCACCGUACGCUUGUUAGAAGAGUUAGAUGUGCUCGAGUGUGAAUUUCAGCCAAAUCACAAAGGAUGCUAUCUCUUGGAUUAUGUUUGCGAACAAAUGUCUGUCAAGGAGAAGGACUAUUUCGGCCUUCGUUUCGUGGAUAUAACAAGACAACGACAUUGGUUAGAUCUAUCAAAAUCGAUACUCAAGCAAGUUAAAGAUGUUGAGCCGAUUGUGUUCUCGUUCCGCGUGAAAUUUUUCCCCGCUGAUCCAUUUCGCUUGACGGGCAAUUCAAAAAUAUUGAUUUAUCAACAGCUGAAACGGGAUCUAAUACACGGUCGCCUGUAUUGUUCGGCAGGCGAAGCGGCAGCACUCGGAUCGCUCAUCGUACAAGAGGAACUGGGCGACUACAAUCCGGAUGUCCAUGUUGGCGACUAUGUAACGUCGCUGAAACUUGCACUGCGUCAAACCGAUCAAUUGGAACGAAAAGUCAUUGAGUUGCACAAAAAACGGGAGCCCGGUCAGGAUGUUCAAAUUGCGAUUGAUGAGUUUUUGUCAAUUGCACGUGGAUUGGAAACGUUCGGCAUUGAUCCGCAUCCGGUGAAAGAUCAUCGUGGCACACAGAUUUAUCUAGGCAUCAAUCACACGGGAAUAAGUACAUUUGCAUCAGGGAAACGUGUGCAACAUUUUCGAUGGCCCGAAGUGCACAAGCUCAAUUACGAAGGCAAAAUGUUCAUUGCCCACCUCAGUUAUACGGACCGCGAAAGUAGAGAGCCGAAAAAACAUACAGUCGGCUUCAAGUGUCCUAGUGGAGCCGCUUGUCGUUACGUGUGGCGAUGUGCAAUCGAACAAAUGCUUUUCUUUACGUUGCCAAAUAGUCAGCAUGCUUCAGUUAUGAGUGGUGGUGGUUUUAUACGUGGCACCAAAUUCCGUUACACUGGCCGCACCGAGAGAGAAAUUCUCACGGAAAGUUUAAACGCCUUAAGACAACAACAUUUGUUAAACAAUACCAGCCCGAGUAAACGGAAAGCCAACAGUGUUCCAGCUACACCAUCCAGUCCUCAGGGUGAUUUAGCCGAAAUGCGUUAUAGCAGUUUGCCGCGGUCAACGAUGUCUGAACCGAUGGGUUGUGAUCGGUUUUGCCAAGAUACCACUAUACCAUGCUUGGAAACGGUGAAUGAAGAAGCCAGACGACAAACAGACAAUGGCGAUCUACCUGAUUAUUACUUCCGCGACUCAUUUGAGCAUUCGUCAUCCGAGAGUGGUUACACAACAAAUUAUGAUGCAAUGCGUAUGGGGCCAAAUCGAUUAAACCAAAAUCACAGUACCACCGAUAAUUUUACAUUUCAUAUGCAUCAACAACACAACAACAACACAUCGAGCUCAACGGCGAUGGCAAACCAACAGAACGCCAUCAACAGCGCUAAAAAUAUGAAAAAGUUUUCCAUUUUACAUGCAUUUAUACCCUCAUUCAUAUUUGUUAUUGUUGUACUAGUGUUUGCGACGGUAUUCAUUUUAGAAUCGGAUUCGGACAAUUUUGUAACAUUUAAAUCAUUGCCGGAAAUGAUGAGCCUAAAUUAUCAGUACUAUCAGCCGUUCAAAGAUUUUCUACUACGUCGAAUGGGACUGAAGAGUUGAGUUCAUCGUUCUGAAAAAAUCGAAAUUGGGUUUUGGUUUGAUUUUUCCAGAUAAAAUUCACUUGCCCUUUUCUUCAAUCAAAUUUCAACUACACUUUCCACCGACCAUAAAUACCAAGAUUAUUUCACUUCUUUGCAUGAUCUCAAUAAAAUUAGAAGUUUUUUUAGUCGUCGCUUCAAUAGAAUCAAAAUAGCAUAGAGCAAAUUUAUUUCAGAAUUUGAGUUGAUUUCCCUCAUUUUUUUUCUUCACCGUUUUGAUUCAAAUUACAUUCAAUUUACCAAAAUCUUUAUAGAAAAACUCAAAUAUUUCGUCCAAAAACCGACGAUGGACCGUUGACUUAUGCAAAUCGAUAAGAUUUCACGCAACUUUUGUGAUUCGCCAAUAUGCUACAAAGAAAAAAGACAGAAAAUUGAAAACACAAUGACAAAAUAGAGGCAUCGUAAAAUGUUUAACACAAACAAAAAAAAAUAUUUAAAGCUUUCAUCGAAUUACUCAACUAAUCGAAUAACAUUUAGAGUGCUUAUAUACGUCCGUUAAUUGCUUAAACAUUAGUGGUAAGCUUGGAGAGAAGUUUUUGUAACAACAUAUGCCACCCAUCCUAACCUAGACACAUUUUUUGAACGACCAUUUAUGAAUUUGUACAGACACCAGAGAAGCAUUUUGCAAACAUUGAAUGCAAUUCAAUAGCCGAUUGAUUUUUCAACUCCCUUUUGUGAUAAAGGAGACAACAUUUUUAAGCUAUAGAUUACAAUCACCAAUCAUUUUUGUUAUAUAUUCAAGAAAAAAGGGAGUAUUUGGAUAAAUGUACUAUUGAAAUUGUCAAUUUUCCAACAACAAAAAAAAACAAUAAACGAUUUAAAUAUGUUUAGCUGGUUAGGUGAAGCGCAUCAAAUCCACUUGCAACAUUUUAUACUCGAAUGUUUAUACAUUUACAGAGAGAAAAACCAACAAACUUAGAUAAAAACAAAAAUAAUAACGUUAGCUGGUUUAGGUUUUAGCCGCAGGUUUUUAUAGAUGGAAAAGCAGAAGUAUAUAAUUGAAAUAGGCAAAAUUCAAACAUAAAUUUACGAUAGACAGCAUAGGAUAUUCCUUGUCUGCGUAUUUCAGUUUUUUUAGCCUUUUUGAUCCUGCAAUCCUCCUUUUUCCUCACCUUCUCAAUUCUAUCUACCUCAUUUCAACAUUUUAAUUACUUUGCCAUAUUUUGUGUUAUAUAAACAACUUUAAAAUGAUUUUGCAGAAGAAACUGAAUUGUAGUUAAUUGAAUAGCCUUAGGCUUAGUUCAAAUUUAUUCGCUAUUUUCGGUCAAAAUUUUACGUUUGGCACACGGUUUAUGAAAAUUAACGCUUGCGUUUCGGUCUGCGCGCGGAUUUCUUAAUGAAUAAACAAAGUUAGAAUCCCAAAGAUGUCAACAGUUCAAAACAUUUCAGAUUCAACAUUCACACAUUUUCCAAACAUUUCGAAACGGGUUUUUCAUAAAAAUGAUAAACAAAAAUGUGUCAUAAAAAUGCUUGUUUUUAGAUUUCAACACAUAUUCGUCGACAUUUUUCGAAAUUUAUGCAAUGAUACCUAUGUAUUCGAAUAAUGAGCUGAUAACAUGGACGUUUUACUUCACGUUCCAUCCUCAUAAACUGUAAUUCAAAUCAUUAUUGCAAACUCAGAAUAUUCAUUGACAAAUUAUAUAACAAUUUAAUAUGCAAUUUUUAUAUAGAUUAAUAAUAUUUUCUAUAUAUACAAAAACAGUCUAUGUAACAAAAGGAUAGAACAGAAAAAAGACACUCUCAAUUACGAAGAAAAUGAAAUUUUUGGCAGCAAAACAAGAAAAACAGCACAAUUAUAUUACAAUUAAAAUUUGCAGCAUCUUUGACGAUCAUGACAAAAGCAAUUCUAACAUGUAGGACAUUUUAAAUUCACUCAAAACUGUGAAUGGUAUUUAAAGCGUAAAAGGAACAGUAAGGAGGAAAAAAUGAUCAGCAAUUGUAGUUUAGCGACAAAUUUUAUGGAAUGAAAUAAAUUGCAAAUGAUACGAAUUCUUUUUUUAAUUUAAA